AGCGAUGACCCUCACCUCUGGAAGUGCUCUGACGUGUGUGUGUCUUUUGGACAAAAGGGGUGUUUUAUCUGUCGUCCAAUCAGCACAGCACAUAAAACAGCUGGUAUUUGUGGAUGAGGGUUCUUUUGAUGAUCAGAAACCCAUCAAGAGCUUCAGCAUGACAACCUAUACUGACAAAGGAGAGAAGCCCGAGAGAGGGAAAUUUGUCAGAUUUCACCAUGUGACAUUCUGGGUGGGCAAUGCCAAACAGGCUGCAGUGUUCUACUGUGAUAAGUUUGGCUUCGAGCCAAUGGCGUAUAGAGGACUGGAGACGGGCAGUCGAGGGGUGGUGUCGCACGCCAUUAGAGAGGACAAGAUAAUAUUUGUGUUCGAGUCUGCCCUGAAUCCUGGAAAUGAGGAAAUGGGUGAACAUCUUGUAAAACAUGGUGACGGUGUGAAGGACGUAGCAUUUCAGGUGGAAGACUGUGACUUUUUAGUGAAGAAAGCCAAAGAGAGAGGAGCGGUGAUCGUCAAAGAGCCCUGGGUGGAGCAAGACUCUGGCGGGAAAGUCAAAUAUGCCGUAAUUCAAACAUAUGGGGACACGACACACACAUUUAUUGAGUACAUGGGGCCGUAUAAAGGUCUGUUUCUGCCUGGAUAUCACGAGCCACUCUUCAAAGACCCUCUGUUACCAAAACUGCCACCAGGACUCUUAAAUUAUAUUGAUCACAUUGUGGGAAACCAGCCAAACGAUAAAAUGGUGCCAGUAUCGGACUGGUAUCAGAAGUGUCUGAUGUUUCACAGGUUCUGGUCCAUCGACGAUAAGCAGAUUCACACAGAGUACAGCGCUCUCCGGUCCAUCGUGGUUACAAAUUAUGAGGAAACCAUUAAGAUGCCCAUCAAUGAACCAGCACCGGGAAAAAAGAUAUCACAAAUCCAGGAGUAUGUCGACUACAACGGAGGGCCAGGAGUUCAACAUAUAGCCCUCAACACAUCAGACAUCAUUCAAGCGAUUGUGAACCUCAGAGCUCGAGGAAUGGAGUUCCUGUCCACUCCUGAUACCUACUAUGACUCUCUACGACAGAAACUCAAGACAGCGAAGAUCAAAGUGAAGGAAGACCUCAAAACACUGCAGGAGUUAAAAAUCUUAGUGGAUUUUGACGAUAAGGGCUACCUGCUCCAGAUCUUCACCAAACCUGUGCAGGACAGACCCACGCUCUUUCUGGAGGUGAUCCAGAGGAACAAUCACUUUGGUUUUGGAGCUGGAAACUUCAAAUCUCUGUUUGAGGCCAUUGAAAAGGACCAGGAUGCCAGAGGAAACCUAACGGUGCUCACAUCAGACAGCGCGGGCGUGCCGAAGGCUAUUUACUGAAUCACACACAACAGGCCACUCAAACACUACUGCAUGAAUACACACACAAUAGUGGUCAACACAGUAGCAUUUGUGCUGGGGUCAAAUGUUAAUCAUAAAGGUCCAAUGCCAUCCAAAACACUGAACCUCUAGGACAUUAAUAAAUACAUUCAUAUAUGAAAUUUGUGUAUCCAUAUUAUUUUUGAUUAUUUUGAUAUUAUUGAUUACAUAAAUCUGAAAUAUGGCAUAUAUUAUAUUUAGUUAAUUUAGGAAUACAUGUACAUAUUCAAACAUAUAUACAGUAAACACACAUUGAUAUAUAUUACAUAUAUUCAUUUUUGUAGUAUAUGUACAGUGGCAAGUAAAAGUAUGUGAACCCUAUGGAAUUAUGUGGUUUUCUGCAUCUGUUGGUCAUGAAAUGUGAUCUCACAACUAUAGACAAACACAAUGUGCUUAAGCUAACAACACACAAACAAUUAUAAUCUUUCAUGUCUUUAUUGAACACAUCUCAUUAAACAUUCACAGUGCUGUGGAAAAAGUAAGUGAACCCUUGGAUUUAGUAACUGGUCAAUCCUCCUUUGGCAGCAAUAACCUCAACCAACUGUUUCUGGUAACUGCGGAUUAGACCUGCACAACGUUCAUAAGGAAUUCUGGAUCAUUCUUCCUUACAGAACUGCUUCAGCUCAGACAUAUUCUUUGGAUGUCUGGUGUGAACGGCUCUCUUGAGGUCAUUCCACAGCAUCUCUAUUGGGUUAAGGUCUGAGCUUUGACUGGGACACUCCAAAAGUUCUCAUUCUGUAGUGGAUUUACUCCGAUGUUUAAGGUCAUUGUCCUACUGCAUCACCCAACUUCUACUGAGCUUCAGCUGGCGCACAGCCACCCUGAUAUUAUCCUGUAGUAUAUCUUGAUAAACUUGGGAAUUAAUUUUUCCCUCGAUGAUGGCAAGCGGUCCAGGCCCCAAAGCAGCAAACAGCCCCAAAUCAUGAUGCUCCCUCCACCGUGCUUCACCGUUGGGAUGAUGUUUUCAUGUUGGUAUGCAGUGCCCUUUUCACACCAUACGUAGUGCUGCGUGUUCUUCCCAAACAAUUCAACCUUACUUUCAUCAGUCCACAAAACAUUGUCCCAGUAGUGUUGUGGAGUGUCUUUGGAAACUUCAGGUGUGCAGCAAUGUUUUUGUUGGAAAGCAGCGGCUUCCUUCGUGGUGUCCUGCCAUGAACACCAUAUCUGUUUAAUGUUUUCUGUAUAGUACACUCAUGAACAGAGAUGUUAACCAGUUCCAAUGAUUCCUUCAAUUCUUUAUCUGUCACUCUAGGGUUCUUUUUUUUUUACCUCACUGAGCAUUCUGCGGUGUGCCCUUUGAGUCAUUUUGUCUGGACAGCCACUUCUAGGGAGAGUACCCAUAGUACUAAAUCAUCUCCAUUUAUAGACAGUUUGUCUAACUGUGGACAGAUCAAUAUUUAAGGUCUUUGAGAUAACUUUGUAACCCUCUCCAGCUUUCUGCAAAGCAACAAUUCUCUAUCGUAGGUCUUGAGAUCUUUUUUUGCAAGACAUGGUCCACGUCAGCAGAUGCUUCUUGUGAAUAGCAAACUCAAAAUGUUUGAGUGCUUUUUAUAAGUCAAAGUAGCUCUAACCCACACCUCCAAUCUCGUUUCAUUAAUUGGAUGCCAGGUUUGCCAAGUCCUCACUCUAAUUAGUUUUGCUGACAUCAUUAGCGUAAGGGUUCACAUACUUUUUCUACCUACACUGUGAAUGUUUGAAUGAUGUAUACAAUAUGUACAAUAACAACACAAUAAUUUGUGUUUUAUUAGUUAAAACAGAUUGUGUUUGUUCAUUAUUGUAACUUAGAUGAUCAAAUCAGUUUUUAAGUCAAAUUUAUACAUAAUUGCAGGUUAUUCAAAAGGGUUCACAUAAUUUUCUUGCCACUGUGUGUGUAUAUAUAUAUAUAUAUAUAUAUAUAUAUAUACACAUUGAUCAUCCACAGCAUUAAAACCACCUGCCUAAUAUUGUGCAGGUCCCCCUCGUGCCACUAAAACAGCGCCAACCAAUAUAUAUGGUCUGGUUUGAGUAUUUCUGUAAUUAGUGAUCUCCUGGGGUUUUCACACACAACAGUCUCUAGAAUUUACUCAGAAUGGUGCCAAAAACAAAAAACAUCCAGUGAGUGGCAGUUCUGUGGAUGGAAACACCUUGUUGAUGAGAGAGGUCAACAGAGAAUGGCCAGACUGGUUUGAACUGACAAAGUCUACGGUAACUCAGAUAACCACUCUGUACAUUUGUGGUGAGAAGAAUAUAAUCUAUGAAUGCUAUUCUGAAAUGCAGGUUGGCGCGGUUUUGGCGGCACGAGGAGGACCUACAAAAUAUUAGGCAGGUGGUUUUAAUGUUGUAGCUGAUCGGUUUAUGUUGCAUGUACAAAUAUGAGACAUUUCUGUCAGUUAAACUCUUGAUGUGUAAUCAAAAAUAUGUGAAAACAUACAUAUUGCCAUAUAUCAGAUUUGUGUAUAUGCACUUUUCACAGUGACGGUUUGAGAGCAACAUUUUGAACAGUUUGGCCAACUACUAUUUUAAUAACUGGCUAUAUUAAGCAAGAAUGACAUGUAUAAUACUUUAAUAAAACAUUCAUUACUUUAAUGGAAUUACAGUAAUAAAAUUUCCAUUAAAAUGUAAAAAAUAAAGCUAAGAAUUCCUAUGUUAUUAAUGUAAAAAGAAUAAAUUGGCUCUUUA